GAGGCGGUAAGGGGGCAGCUGCGAGUUCAGGAAGAGCAGGGCAGAGGCUUGAUCAAUAGUGUGCCUGCCCGCCGCCGGAGCCAGCCAGCCAGCCAGCCAGCCAGCCUUCCACACGCACAAGUCUCGGCGAGCUACGAUCCGCCAUUUACAGUUGCAGGAUGAAGUGGCUGGCAGUGGUGUUGGCGGUGCUGGCGGUGGUCGCCGCGGCCCGGGCCGAGGGCGAAGUCUGGGAGGAAGACGACCACGAGGUGCUGAUCCGCAGCGAGCGCGGCGCCAAGAGCCGGGCGGAGCCCAAGGAGGGCAGCAAAAGCAGAGACCCGUGUCGCUACGUGAAGGGGGCCUGGUCCGACUGCGACUCCAAGACGAACAUGAGGACCCGCACGCUGACCUUGAAGAAGGGGGACCAGGCUACGUGCGAGCCGACCAAAACCAUUCAGAAGAAGUGCAAAAAAGCCUGUCGUUAUGAGAAAGGCACUUGGACCGAGUGUUCUAGCGAAAGCCAAAUGACCCGGACUGACAGCCUUAAGCCAAACAGCGACCCCUCCUGCGAACAGAGUCGCCUAAUCACAAAGAAGUGUAAAAACAAAGCAGCUAAAAACAACAACAAAGGAGGGCGACGCAACAGGCAGUAAAGAGCCGAGGCUAGAAGAGGAAGAAAGAAACUUACUUAAACCUCCUCAAGAUUCAAGAAACGAGCGGAUGAGAAACAUCAUUUCCUAUUUGCACGGAACAUUUUCAAGGUUUUUCAUUUAACAAUAUGUAUCUGUAUUCUGUUAAGAUUUGAGUGCUGAGAAACAUUAUUGUAUGAGUACGUAAAUGUGUAGUUGUGGGGCUAUUUUGAUAUGUUGAUAAAAAGUGCUGUGUAAAUGCAGGUCGUGUGUUGUGUUUAAUAUGUUUGAAUUUCGGAAAUACAAAUAUUUUUUUUGGAACCUACAGCUGAAAAAAAAACAAA